AUGGCAAUUGUCAACGCAGAUUACCAAUUUAUAUAUGUUGAUGUUGGCAUGAACGGCCGCAUUUCUGAUGGAGGAGUUUUAAAAAAAACCGAAUUUUAUAAGCGUUUGAAUGAAGGUGCUUUAAAUAUACCCCCACUGGAAAAACCAACACAGGACUCGGAUCCUUUACCAUUUGUGUACAUUGGUGAUGAAGCUUUCGCCUUAAGACCAGAUUUUUUGAAGCCAUAUCCACAACGAGAAUUGAGUGAUCAUGACAAGAUAAUCUAUAACUAUCGAGUGUGCAGAGCUCGGAAGAUAGUAGAAAAUGUGUUCGGUAUUUUAGCCACAAGAUUUCAAAUAUUUCACAGAGCUAUUAACUUUCAAUCAGUUGAAGACAUUAGUAUCGUGGUAUUGGCUUGUUGCACUUUGCAUAAUUAUUUAAGCAAAUCCAGAAGGGAUUAUAUCACUCUAGGUGACAGUGACACAGAAAAUCAUAUUACUGGUACAAUUCAAGAAGGUCUGAGCCCGGAUGGUAUUUUAGAGCCCUUACAUGUGACCCGUACUGGAAAUUCAAGCAAUAAUGCAAAAAAAGUUAGGGAAUGGUUUGUGAAAUACUUCAAUACUUCUGGGGUUGUACCAUGGCAAGAAAGAAUGCUAAAUACGUAA